UCUUCUUUGUUUUCUACCUCACUCCAGACAACAAUACACGCCUCAAUAACUGUCACUACCUUCCUCACAAAACCCCCAAUAUAUAUACCACCCCCACAUUCCUCACAACAACACGAACUCAAACAACAAAAAAAAACAUAAAACGCCAUUGACAAAAAACUUCCAAGCUCAAGAACUCUAUUCCUAUGGAUAAUAUCAAGUCCUUCAAAGGCUACGGCAAGGUUGACCCGGUCGAAGAACGAGCAUUCAAGCGAAAAACCCGAAAACGUAUCGUCAUCGUCAUCAUAUCCUCCAUCGUACUGGUGGCUGUCAUCAUUGGAUCGGUGGUUGGAACUGUAAUUCACAACCGCAACAACGAUAACUCCGGCAAUACUCCGUCCUCUUCUACCUCCCCCGCCGCCUCUCUCAAAGCGGUCUGUAGCGUAACCCAGUACCCAGAUUCGUGUUUCUCUAGCAUUAACGCUCUCGAAGCCUCCAAUUCUACCACAGACCCGAAAGAGCUCUUCAAGCUCUCGUUGAAAGUGGUCUUCGACGAGCUCUCGAAGAUCGCUUCGUUUCCCGAUACUCUGAUUUCGCAAAUCAAUGAUACCCAAGUCCAAUCGGCAUUGGAGGUUUGCAAAACUGUGAUCGAAGAUGCUGUGUAUCGACUCAACGAUUCGAUCUCUUCCAUGGAUGCGAACCCAGGAGAGAAGAUUUUAACAAUUCCAAACAUCGACGGGUUGAAGACGUGGCUGAGCGCAGCCAUUACCGAUCAGGAGACCUGUUUCGAUGCUCUGAUGGAAGCGAAUUCGAGUUUGAUCGAUGAAGUGAGAUUGACAAUGAAGAACUCAACAGAGUUCGCUAGCAAUAGUUUAGCCAUUGUUGCUGAAGUAAUGGCAAUAAUGGUCGAUGUGAAUGUUCCAAUUCAUAGAAAGCUUUUGGGGGUUUCGGAUUCUGGGUUUCCGGAAUGGGUUGGGGCGGCGGAGAGGCGGCUGCUUCAGGCGGCGACGGUGAAGGCAAAUUUGGUGGUGGCGCAGGAUGGAAGCGGAAACUAUAGGACGAUCGGAGAAGCGGUGGCGAUGGUGCCGAAGAAGAGUAAGAGUAGGUUUGUGAUAUAUGUGAAGGCUGGAACGUAUGUUGAGAAUGUGAAUUUAGAUAAGAAUACUUGGAAUGUUAUGAUGUAUGGUGAUGGAAUGAAUCAGACCAUUGUUUCCGGCAGCCUCAAUGUCGUAGACGGCACUGCUACCUUCCUUUCAGCCACCUUCGCUGUUUCAGGCAUGGGCUUCAUUGCAAAAAAUAUGGGGUUUUGGAACACCGCCGGAGCAAUAAAGCAACAAGCUGUAGCGGUCCAGUCUUCGUCCGACUUAUCCGUGUUCUACCAAUGCACUUUCAAUGCUUACCAAGACACCCUUUACCCCCACGCCAACCGCCAAUUCUACAGCAAUUGCGACAUCAUCGGCACUAUUGACUUCAUAUUCGGCAACGCCGCGGUUGUCUUCCAAAAUUGCAACAUCCAACCCCGACAGCCCUUAACCAACCAGUUCGACACCAUCACGGCCCAAGGAAAGACUGACAAGAAUCAAAACACUGGGAUCUCUAUUCAAAAAUGUUUCGUGUCGUCUUUUGAUAACCUUACAGCCGCAACUUACCUAGGUAGACCUUGGAAGAACUACUCCACUACAGUUGUCAUGGAGACCAACAUUGGUUCAUUUUUGAACCCAUUGGGUUGGGUUCCAUGGAAUGGUCCCGCUGACCCGCCUAGCACCAUAUUCUAUGCUGAGUACCAAAAUACUGGACCAGGGUCUAAUGUGACUAACAGGGUUAAAUGGACUGGAUACAGAUCCAAUAUUACAAAGUCUCAAGCCUCCAAAUUCACAGUUAAAUCUUUCAUCGAUGGUGACGUUUGGUUACCAACAACAAAUGUGGUGUUUGAUUUAACCUUGUGAUUAGGAAAUUGGUUUUGUUACCUGAAAGGUUUGCAAUUUGUUUCAAUAUAGAAAUUGGUGGAACAUAGAAUUUGUAUUGUGUUUUUUGUUUUUUUACUGUCCUUUGUUCUAACUGUUCCUUUUAAGUUGUAACAUUCUAUUCUUUUGCUUAUACUUGUAUUCCCAUGAAAGUUAA